AUGUCUUCCGCUAGGGUGCCACCACAACAGCAGCCGGAUUUCCACGGUCCGGAUACACCAACGUUUGAUCUGAGCUGGGACUACAAUUACGACUCCACGCUUACGGCGCCACCCAACAAUGUUCCACCCGUCGUGCACAGUGGAGAGAGUCGGAUUAUCACAGCACAACCACAGUCGCUAGUCGCCGGAAGAGAUGGAAUGAGCCUCCGGAUACCUUCCCAGCGGAGCGAUCCGAUCCGUUCGGUUAACAGCCCUUUUCUGACGCCGUUCUCCCCCAGAGCGGGUCUUGAUUUUCUCUACGGACUACCGUCGGUGUUUAUCCAACAGACCUAUGAGCUGAAUGAGUUGCUGUCAGGUGUGUCGUCAGAUAAUCGGUUCACCAUCCGAGGGCCCUCGAACGAAGCCCUCUACGCUGCGCUGGAAACGUCCGACCCGAAGGACCGCUUCUGGGGCUCGCUGAGACCCUUCCGGCUGUCCCUGGUCGACCGGAGCCAUCAGGAGGUGCUGCUUUUCAAAAAGAACCUCGGAUGUGGUGUGUUUUGUUGCUUCUGCAAGAAUCAGUUCCUCGAGGUGUGGGCCAACCCUGGCGAGCUGAUCGGAUGCAUACAGCAGGACUAUGGCAUACUGCGGCAGGAAAUCGUGCUUAUGAACAGUGACAUCAACACAAUGUUUCGCAUACCCAUACCGUUCGCGAACGCGCUCCGCAUGCCAAAGGAAACGCACUUUGCCGUCAUGGAUCGGGAUCUGCUGACUCAAAAGGGGACGAUCACGCGCGCUUGGAACGUGAGCUCAUCGAGCUACACGAACAACAUCUACUACUCCGAUCCUAACAUGGACGUGAAGUUUAAGUCGUUGUUUAUUGCGGCCGCUUUUUUACUGGAAUAUCUCUACUUUCAAUCCAAUUGCUGUUAGCUCAAAAUGACCGGGUCUAUGAUUGUCGACGUAACUUCUCAGCAGACCCACCACCAC